GAACCAGUGAAAGGUGCCAAGUGAGAGAUGUGACGUGCUGUAAAAAUAGUGACAGAACGACUGUCACAUUUCUUUCUAAGAACGCAACAAGGAACAGACGUCCAGCUGUUUAUAUGAAAUUGAUGAGAGCUGAAACCUUGCCAGGAUCCGCCUACAGGUGUGAUUGACAGGCGCAUUUAUCCAAUCAGUAGUGAUGAACAGUACAACGAAGCACAAGGCAAAAGGUGUGAGGAUGAUGCGCCGUCACAGGAGCCACACAGACAGCGAUGUGGGUGUCAUGAGUCGUUCGUGUGAGGUGGAUGGGGAAAGCCCCAUACCUCAGGAGUUCAGAGCUCGACUAUAUGAGUUGUUUAGUCAGAUUGAGAAGGAAUUUGAACACGUUUAUGCUCAGAAUCUUUCGUUACAAGAAAAGGUUGAAGCAUUGACUGAUAGAUUGGAGAGUGUAGGUGGAGAGAAGCCAGUAGUGGAGAGUGCAGAUGUACAAGAUGGCAGUGGCAAGGCUAAGCGAUCGAGUCAGCUGUCUCAGAAAAUCAAGACGACAUACAAAGUCUCUACCAGUAAGAUUGUGUCUAGCUUCAGAGCCCCAUCUGCUGGCAUGUCAUUGGUUAGAGAGUACAGAGGUCACAGAGAUGGGGUUUGGGAGGUCAGCGUGGCAAGGUCAGGCCACAAAGUUCUAGGAACAGCAUCUGCAGAUCACUCAGCUAGACUAUGGUGUGUGGAGACGGGACUAUGUUUAUUACAGUAUUUAGGUCACAGUGGGUCAGUUAACUCGAUCCGCUUCCACCCGAGCCAGGACCUGGUUGUGACUGCAUCAGGAGACAAAACUGCUCACAUCUGGAAGGCGCAGGUCACCCUCCCCACUAACCCUGAAGCCAUGAAAUCUCACUCCUCAGGAGAGGAUGAAAUUGAUGGCUCAGAGAAAGAAGAUGUAGUUGAUGAGAGUGGUGACAUGGGUUCUGAAAUAGCCAGCAUCAAAUCUCCUCUGCUAGAGCUGAAGGGUCAUGUAGCAGUGGUGGUGGCAGCAGAUUGGAUGACAGGUGGAAGUCAGGUGAUGACGGCUUCCUGGGAUAGGACCGCCACCCUUUAUGAUGGAGAGACAGGAGAAGUCAUCAAUACAUUGACAGGUCAUGACCAGGAGCUGACAGAGAUCCGUGCUCACUCCUCCCAGAGACUGAUCGUCACGGCCUCUAAAGACACGACAUUCCGUCUGUGGGACCUGAGGAACCCAGCCAUGCAGGUUAAUGUCUUCCAGGGACAUGCACAGCCGGUCACAUCAGCUGUGUUUGCCAGUGGAGACAAGGUUGUGUCUGGCAGUGAUGACCGCACGGUGAAGGUAUGGGACCUGAAGAACAUGAGGUCGCCUCUAACCACAAUUAGAACAGACUCUGCCGUCAACAGAUUGGCUGUGUCUGCAUCUCAGCACCUGAUAGCAAUUCCACAUGAUAAUCGUCACGUGAGAUUGUAUGACAUGUCAGGUGGUCGCUCAGGUAGACUGCCCCAGAGUAAGAGACAGGGUCACAGUCGCAUGGUGUGUUCAGUGACAUGGGCUGACGAGAACCCUGUGUGUAACCUGUUCAGCUGCGGCUUUGACAGACAGGUACUAGGCUGGCACGUCAACCCCCAGGCCAAAGAAUAGGGAGCAGGGGAGAUAACUCUGACUGGACACUACUCGAUCUGGGUUUUGUGCAAUAUGACUGAGAUUUGAAUGACCCUGUGUAUAGGAGGAUGUCAAGACUACCAUAUACGUAUAUACAUGCAUUAUACUUACCCAACUGACCAAAGUUAUUUAAACUGUACAUGUACAGUUGGGUGCUUUAUAGUCUGCUCAACUUACAUGGGGACAGAUAUAUUUACGCUUGUCAUGGUAUUGCCAUUUUAUUGGAAAUUCUGAAAGGUCAGUCAUCGAAGAUCAUGAACUACUUUCCUGAUUCUAAAUCGUGGCCAGUUUUAGCCAGGCAACAUUCUGUUAAUAUAAUUUACUUCUUAGAAAUAUCUAAUUAUGUUUUAACUGUAGUAAGAUAAAACCUUUCCAUCUUUACUUAUCCAUGGGAUACUUCAGCAUAGUAUUCAAUAUUUUCCUCUUGAAAUUCUGUUGAAGUAUGAUAUCAAAACUUUGCAAACGGUGAUGAUCAAAUAAUUUAUGUUUACAUAAGUGACAAAGGUUUGUUAAACUUGUAAUACUUGUAAACAUGUAUGGAAGUUGAAGCAUUCGUCACAGUUGAUAUAAUUUUACUGUAUUGUUAUUGGCAGCAUGCAGUCUUUGGUUUUAUGAUUACAUUUGAUGUGCUAAAUACUAGUCACUUCCCAGUCACAUUGUCAUAAAAUGUCACAUUUGUCUUUGUGGUUCAUUGAAUUUGAAAAAGAUUCAGAAGGACAUAAGAUUUAACCUUUCUGCGUAAACACUAACAAAUGCUUCUGUAAAUUACAGCUUCAUUUACAAUCCAUGUUCUCUGAUAUAAUAAGUGUAUGAAACACACAAAUAAUAUGAUUUGAGAUGUUAUUGUUUGGCAGUGAUUGCUGUUAACUUCAUGUCACUGAGAUUUUAAUAAGUGAAACCGUGCAAAGGCAUUUUGGUGCAGAACAAUGUUUGUUUUUAAAUACAAAUACAUGUACUUAAUUUUGAUUAAAUUAAAAAGGCUAUACCAGAGUUUUAUAUGGCCAAAAAUUUUAUGGCAAAUACAAUUUUUUCUCCCAACAAUAGCUACAAUAUUGUCUUUCAAUAAAUAUGAGCCUGGUGACUGUACUAUCAAUAGUGUUAGAUGAUUCUAAAGUUUGAAAAAGUUAUAAUGCAACCUGCCUUUAGGCACUUUUAGAAACUUCAUGACCAAUUUUCAGGGCUUGCACAUAAGGCUGAUAUUUUGUGAAACAUAAUUGUUUGGGUUAUUCUAACAUUUAUCAGAAAUUUGAUUGGCAUUGAUCAUUUUGUUGCCAACAAUUGCCAGUAUUGCCUGUUUAAAGCUAAAACAAAUUUAUUGUGAAAUUUCAAUUUUUUCAUCAGAAUUAUGCUGAUAUACAACUUAUCGGUGAAAAAAAUAAUGUGGUUCAUUAAACUGUUGCAUGAAUAUGGACUUCAGGAGUUCUAUUUAAGGUUCAUAGCUUUUCUCAGAAAACUUGGACAAAUUGUCUCCUAUGCUGAUAGCGUUUGUGGAAUUGCUUAAUGUUCAUUGUAUUACCUGUAAAGCAAUAAAUAGUAUGUAAAUUACCGUCUAAUACGAUCUAUAUUUUGAGGCCUAUACAGUCUGAUCAUCUUGGAGGUAACAUGUUCAAAUCCCACUCUUGCUAGGUCAGUACUGAACCGUUUUAUCGGACACCUGGCAAUAUAAGAUGGCUUCUCUGUAUGCUUUUUACUGUUUUCACUACUAAGGCAUUUGCUUUUUAAGUGAUAGGUUGAAUUCACUGUGGGUUUUGUGGACUUCCUCCCACAAUAAUGCCUGCAGCUGUCGUAUUAGUGAAAUAUUCUUGAAUAUAGUGUUUUAAAAUACCAAUCAAAUAAAUAAUUAAGUAAACAAGAAACAAGAGAAUGUACAAAAUUGUCAAAGGAAGGGUUUGGUUUGACACAAAGUUGAGUGCGGAGCACUUGACUUUCACCAGAGUGACAUGUCAAAGGUGAGUGAUUUAGUCUGGCACUUCCAUUUCCCUCCACCCAUAAAAGUGGCUGGCAUCAUACUGUAUUAUUGAGGAAUUCUUGAGUAUUCAUGUUUUUAAACAAUCAUUAGUGAAUCAAUCUGUCUCUAACUCAGAAAGCUUAUUUGGAGUACAGUGUCAGACAUUAGACAAAUGAAGUCGUCUUUGGCAGGAUGAAAAAAAGUUCUGGGUAUUGUCAUUAGACUUUUAACAGUGCUAUGGUACGGUGCCAAUUUUACCUUCAGCUAUCUUGAGACAUGUGGAGAAUGUGUUUCUGCUGGCUGAAAUGGACAGAAUUAUCACAGUGAAAUUGUGUCUGCAGUUCAGUCUAGAACAUCUAGUUGUCAUUGUGCAUUUUCCUUGGAUGUGCAUGUGCUGUUUGUAAUAUGAACACGUUUCACUGUCUGUCCGAGGUCUGAUUUAUUGUUCUAGGUACAUGUAAGAAACCAUGUGACUAACAUUGGCAGCAAGUUUCUGCUAGUAUUUCCUCUGAGAAUUUCACGUAAUACUAUGAAAUAUAACAUCUAAUCAAUAUUAAAAUGUUUGCUUUCAUCUUUAAUGAAAAUUUUUGCUGGAACACUGUCCAGAUGACGCUACAGCUCGCAUUCUCAAGUGGACGUGCUAUAAACGCAACAUUUCAGUGUAAAACUGAACAUUAUGUGCAUGGAUGGCUUUUCUUCACAGGCUGGGGUAAUAGCCACAGCAAUCUACACAUAUACCGUAUCACAGGCUGGGGUAAUAGCCACAGCAAUCCACACAUAUACAGUAUUUUGUGGUGUGAGGUUCUCUAAGGCCAUUAAGGACAAUAAUAGAGUUUAAUCCCUGGUGUUUUGUAAAACUUGAAAAUUUUUCUUAUUAUUGCGGUUUAAGGUAUGCUGUGUGGAUGAUAUUUAGUUCUAGAUUUUAUUCGGCAGAAUAAUAUUGAUGUAAUGUGUAUCAAUAGGUUCUUAUAACUGCUAUUUGUUAGUUGACCAGGUGAAAAACUCACUACAUGUUGCUGUAAAUUAAUAUGUAUCAACAGGAUUACUCACUUCUUCGAAAUAAAAGUCAGAAAUGUGAU